AUGAACCCCAGCACUCGUAACCCAUCCUGCGUCCUCUAUGGCCCACUCGACGCACGCUUUGAAGACCGUCCACUUCCCACCCUCGAAUACAACCCCCACGAUGUCCUCAUCCGCAUAGCAUAUACCGGAGUCUGCGGCAGCGAUGUCCACUUCUGGCUCCACGGCGGCAUCCGCACAUACGUCUCUCCCGCCCGCCCCCUAACAAUGGGCCACGAAGCGUCUGGAAUCAUCCACUCCAUCGGCACCGCCGUAACCAUCCUCCAGCCCGGCGACAAAGUCUCCAUCGAGCCAGGCUAUCCCUGUCGACGCUGCACCUCCUGCAAAAGCGGGCGCUACAAUCUCUGUCCUGAGAUGAAGUUCGCGGCGGACCCGCCAUUCGUGCACGGCACGUUGACCAAGUAUUUCCGCGUCCCUGCAGAUUUCUGCUACAAGGUACCUGAGUGUAUUAAGUUAGAAGAAGCGGUGUUGAUUGAGUCAUUGGCUGUAGCUGUCCACGCUGUGAGACUUGCUAAUGUGCGGCCUGGACAGAAGGUCGUGGUAUUUGGGGCAGGCACUGUGGGGUUAUUUUGCGCGGCAGUGGCGAGGGAGUUUGGGGCUAGUGCUGUAGUGUCUGUGGAUGUGGUGGAGGAGAGAUUGGGAUUUGCGCGGGGGUUUGUUGGGGAGAGGGUGGGCAGGGGGGUGGUUAUGGAUAGGGAUUUGGGGGUGGAGGGGAAUGUUGAGAGGAUAUUGAAUGAGGGCAGAUUGAGGGUUAUUGGUGGUGCAGAUGUCGUGAUUGAUGCGUCGGGGGCAGAGUUGGCGGUGCAGACGGGGGUGUUUGUGCUGAAGAAGGGGGGCACGUAUGUGCAGGCUGGGAUGGGGAAGAGGAUGAUGGAGUUUCCUAUUGCGGAGAUGUGUGAGAAGGAGGUUGUGGCCAAGGGGUGUUUUCGGUAUGGAGCUGGGGAUUUUGACUUGGGGGUGGAUCUUGUGAGGAGGGGGAGGGUGGUGCUUGAGGGUUUCAUAUCGAGGAUGUUUCCAUUUGAGGAGGCGACGGGGGCGUGGGAGGCUGCUAAACGGGGAGAGGGGAUUAAGAUGGUGAUUGAGGGGCCUAGGUAG